CCUCAGACGUCAGUACCAACCGCUCAGUCUUCAGAGGCUACAGUACCUGAUUGAUUUGGGUAGAGUUGACCCCACGCAACCAAUUGACUUGACACAGCUCACUAAUGCAAGAGGUGUAACAGUGCAGCCUCUCAAAAGGGAUUAUGGUGUCCAGCUGGUGGAGGAGGGUGCUGAUAUAUUUUCAGCGAAAGUAAAUAUUGAAGUGCAGAGGGCAUCUGAAUUGGCAAUUGCAGCCAUAGAAAAAAAUGGAGGUGUUAUUACAACAUCGUUCUACGAUCCCAGGAGUUUGGAAAUUUUAUGUAAGCCAGUAGUAUUUUUUCUGCGUGGCCAGCCUAUUCCCAAGCGAAUGCUUCCACCCGAAGAUCUAGUCCGUUACUACACAGAUGCCAAGAAUCGUGGGUACCUGGCAGAUCCAUCUAAGGUUGCAGAAGCCAGGCUUGAACUUGCCAAGAAAUACGGCUAUGUCUUACCUGACAUAACUAAGGAUGAACUCUUCAAAAUGUUAAGCGCACGCAAGGAUCCUAGGCAGAUAUUUUUUGGUCUUGCUCCAGGAUGGAUCGUAAACAUGGCAGACAAGAAAAUUCUAAAACCAACUGAUGAGAGGCUAUUAAAAUACUACAGCUCAUGAAUCCAGGACUGGAGACAACUGCAGGUGUACAGGAAACAUCUGGGUAUGAAAUAAUGGAUACAAAGUGGUGUUUGUUUUUUUUAAGACUUCUGUUACACUAGACAAAACAUAAAUUUUUGUUUAUGUAAUCUUAUGCUGUAGCUCUCAAUUUUAUUGUAAUAAUAAAGUAUGAAAAGUCUUAACAUUUGGGAACAAUGUAGAGUCUGACAAAGUGUGUGUUUGGGCA